AUGAUUAUCAUUUAUGUAUUAUCAAAAUUUAUAGAGUGUAACAGCAAGCAUUUAGGAAAGGUUAAAGAAGCAAAGAGUGAAGCAGAGAUUCAAGCUAUCCUUGCCCAUCACUUGUUCUCACAACUUGCACCAACUGGAAAAUAUGUGAUUGAUGGUAGAUGUGCACCUGUUGAUUUAAAGAAAUGUCCUGCAUGUAAAGCAGACCUUGUCUAUGGGGAUACAUCUAUAGGAAAUCCAGCUUACUGGCAUGGAUAUCCUGAUAUUCUAAUAGAUAGAAGUACUGUUAAAGUUGAUAUAAAUGAAAGUUGUUGUGAAACAGAAGAAACUCAAGAAUAUGAAUGGCCAGAACCAGUUGCAAAGAAGCAAAGACUAUUAGAACAGACAAAUGGCGCAGGUGGAGAAGGAUCCAUUUUAACCCUAAAACCUGAUAUUUUUACUACAUGUGUCGAGGUUAAAAAAGAUCAAUUCUUUAAAACUGAAAAAGCCUUAAGACAGUCAUUUGCUCAGACUAUAACAAAUGCUUUUUAUCAAGUAAAAGAGAAGCCAAAGCUCCAGAGUCUUUGUAUUCCAUCAUUUUUAGCUUCAGAUAAUAAAGUAAGGAUUAUUAUGUACAACUGUGAACAGGACAGGCUGUAUAUAUCUGAAGAUAUGUAUCUGUUUGAUACUUUAUGUGACCAUGGCCUGAAUGUUGGAACAAUUGUCUCCAUAUGGCUGGCAUUAAAUUUUGAAAACUUUCAAAAUGGGGUUGAUGAAGAAGAUCUUACAGCUAUAGCACUAAAGAAGUCAUCAUUUCAAGAAAAAAUGCCAGAUACAGUACUGUCAGUCUACAAACAUCAGUUGUACAGACCUCUGCCAAGGAAAAGAAAACAAACAGAGCAACCACCUCGUACUACUUUGGGUGUAAGACUUCUCAAAUCUAAAUAUGCCAAAAAUCUCCUAGAGAGGUUGGAAAGCUUAGACUCAAGAUUUUUUAAAACACCUUGCAAGUAGUCCACCAGGUGAUAUUCACCCUUUUAGAAAUGUCAAGGAAGCAUUUAGAAAAGUUGAAAAACAACCAAGAGCUUGAUGAUCAUGAUGAAGCUACUAUUUAUUAUUCACCACCUUAUGAUAUUCUCUGUGAAGAAUCUUGAGGUAUCUUGAUAGAAAAUUUUAUGAGACUUAAUAAUAUAAAUAUAUAAAUGAUAUUGUACAAAGUAUUUUACACAAAAUCUUUUUAAGAUCACCUGGUAUAACAGACCAUGUCAGGUUUUGCCAUCAAUUGGCAUCCAUUAAUGUUGUUUAUCUGUGUGACUGUCCAAAAUUUCUCUGAGAAUACUGGGCCAAACUAUAUCAAACUUAUACCUGAAUGUUUCCUAGUGAAUCUAGUAAAAAACUGUAUAUUGGGAUUUGAUCAAUCAAACAUGGCUGCUGUUAAUAAAAAUAGGGGUAAAAUGCUGUUUUUGAAUUGAAUAAUAUUUUAAAUAUAAAAGCAGUAAGAGAAAAAUUGACAAGUAUAGAAUUGUCACCAGGUCAAAGUCUAUAUACCUUCUGGAAUUUUUAGAAAAAUGGACAACCUGUUUUAGAGAUACAUGUAUUGCCCCCAAAAUGUACAAUUUUACCAAAUCUCACAGUUUUUGGCUUACACUUGAAAAAUUAAAACUGUAAGAGCAAAACUGACCAAGGGUUACAAUGAUCAGCAGGUCAAGGUCUAUUUAAUAUGGAUUUUCAUUUUCAGUAGAUCAAUUAUAAAGGAUCAAUAAGAUGAAUGAAUUUCAGAGAAAAGACAAAAAAAUAUUGUGUUUAAAAAAGCAGGUAGGGUUUAUUUGACCCGAAAAUCAGUGCCAUAAUCAACUUAUAUUAUUCUUAAGUAAAUUUUAAUAUCAGUUAUCAGUUAUUUGCCGUAAAUGAUAAACAUGUUGUAUUUAUUUAAUCUGUGUAUUUACUGUAAUCAAAUUAUUUGUUUAUUAGCAAUUGUAUUGCUAUUCAACAGUAUAAGGUAUUAAAAAAAUGGGCUGGAUCAUAACACCAAAUCUUAUUUGGCAAUUGUCUCAAAACUGUGAUACUGUGGAUUCAUUUAUUUUCGUGGGUACCAAUUUUCGUGGUUUCAGGAAAAGUUGCAGUUUCGUGGAUAUUUAAUUUCAUUGUUUUGGUAAAGACUGCAUACAUUCCUUUAGAAAAUUUGUAAUUCGUUGAACAUUUGAAUUUGUGGUUCCUCUGUACCCACGAAAUCCACGAAAAUUGGUAUCCAAUGAAUAUUAAUAAAUUCACAGUAUAUAGAUAUAAAUAGUAAAAAGUAAAACAAUCGUUGAUACAAGCCCUACAAAAAUACGAGAUAAGAUUUACAAAUAGGCAAACAUAACUUAUUACAUAAGAGUGAAAAUGAAUAUCAAAAUGAUUUUAUGUCCUACAGUAAGGGGGAGGGGGUGUAAAGUGCUUCCUUAUUAAAAGGCAUCUCAUUUUCCCCCUAAAAAUUCAAAUGUGUUUUAUAAGAAUGUCAUGAAAACAAUUGCCUUUAACUUGAAUAAAUAGCUACCUGCCCAUGCUACUGUAUUGUAUGCCCUGAAUGUUGUAAUCAAUCAUUUCAAGGGCAAUAAAGCAUGUACAAAGUACAUGUAUCUAUGAUGAGUUUAUUUGCAUUCCUCCAAACUAAAUGUAUCAUAUCUUGAUUGAUGUCAUUAACCCAAAGCCUAAAAAUUGCUUAAUUCAUAGACCAAUACAUUUUUGAUAUGAUAAUUCUGAAAGGUCAGACACUAGGAACAGUCAUGUACCUAAAUGAAGACAAAUGGAUUGUUCAAAAAAAUAUCUUAAUGAUUUUUGACUACCUGUUGCAUAAGUUUUUCUAAGGGUUUUUCAAAAUCUUUUCAGGAACAUAAAUGUCGUUUUGACCAAUAAUUAAUUUAUGUUUAUAUAAAAAUAUGCAACAACAAAGGUCUAAAACCAAACAAUCCUUGUCAACAGAUUUUUUAAUCCCCUACUGACAAAGUGGAAGGGGACCCCAGACUUGACCUCCGUCCAUCCAUCGAUCAGUCUGUCUGUCCAUCCGUCAGUCCUGCAAAUCAGUUUUCCACACUUUUUUUUCAUGCUUGAAGAUAAUGAUUUGAUAUUUGGUGUAUUGUUUUAUCAUUACAAGUUACAGAUCAAGUUUGAAAAUAUGAUCCGAUCCGAUGAUUUUGUGCAGAGUUAUGGUCCUUUGACUUAGAAAAUUCAGUAAAUUAAUCAGUUUUCCGCACAUUUUUUUGUCAUUCUUGAAGAUAUUGAUUUGACAAUUGGUAUAUAGUUUUAUCAUGACAAGUUACAGUUCAAGUUUGCAUUUUGUUCCGGUACAAUGAUUUUGUGCAGAGUUAUUGUCCUUGGACUUAGAAAAUUCACUAAAAUAAUCAAUUUUCCGCACUUUACUUCGUCAUGCUUGAAGAUAUUGAUUUGAUAUUUGUUAUAUAGAUUACACUGUGACAAGUUAUAGAUCAAGUUAGAAUUUUGUUCCAAUACAAUGAAUUUUUAACCGGUAGGGUUCUAUGUAUUGCCAUUCAAUACUCACAGAAUACUUGUUUUAAUUGAAAACCAGAAAUUGGUCAGCAAUGUAUUAUGGCUUAUGACUCAGUAAAAUAUUAAUGAAUUGGCCUGUCAACUCUUUUUUGUUUAUCUAACUUAAAUGUAUGAUAUCUGUGUAAAUGGAUUUGGUUCUGUUAAAAAGAUUCAUAAAAGUGUGUUUAAAUAUAUUAAUUUGUAAACAUGUGCAAAUACUUAACAUUGUUGUAUGCAUCACAUAUCUUUUAUCCAUUAUCAAUGCAUAAUCAUAUAAUUGGUAUGACAUGAAACAAGGACAGUUUAUAUUGCAUUUUACCAAUGUAUCAUUAGAAACUAUAUUAUGUUACAUUUUUAUUGUAUCUACUUUAUUGUGUUUUGUUGUUAUUAUAUUCAGUCAGGGGACUUAUUUAAGUAGCAAAUUCGAAGUUUUGUCACAAAUUGUGAUUUUGUAGUUUUACCAAAAUUUUAAACACAUAGAUUUAGAUAAUAUCUUGCCUUUGAUGCAAUCAUUUAGCUGUAAAUUCUAUUUUAGUUGAAAAAAUGCUAUAAUAAAGGCUUUACAUAAUGACCUGAUACUUUCUUAACACAUUUUUCCCAGCAGUGGGAGUAUUUUUACUGUAAAAUUCAAGGUUUCAUCUUACAGAUUAUGUAAUAAAAUUCUACUGUUCGCCGAUCAACAUGAUCAAAAUUUCACUGUUCGGGGGUGUUGAAAUUAGUGGGGGUUAUUAAAAUAAUGAUACUUAAAGAAGUGAUUUUUUUGGAAGGAAAUUGAGGUAUGAUACUUAAACAAGUGAUUUUUAUGUCAUUAUCUCAAAUUUAGUACAAGGUCAUCACCUGACAUAACCGGUCAUCCUAUCAAUACAGAUGUUGGUUCUGAUAAUUUUAGCAACAUAAUUAGUCCCUGGAUCUUUAGUAUUGUAUAUUUAAAGCUACAAUGAAAUUAAAUCACUUAGUCUAGUGAUUAUUUGUACUACUUAAAUAGGUGAUUAUUAAAGAAAGACAACUCUUACUUCCAACCUUUGUGGACAUAAUGUUUCUUGAAUCAGUGAUUUAGAAAAUCACUCAUUUAAGUAAGUCCCCUGACUAAUAUUCAUAUUGUUAUAUUAAAAUGUCUAUAUAUACAAAUUAGUGGCAAUUAUUAUACACAUUAAUGUAUUAGUAAUUUAAGAAAGUUGUAACAUUUUCAUUUUAACUGUUUGACUGUGGUUUACUGCUUAUAAGCCUCUAGUGCCCAAAGACUAGUCAGUGGUGCCGAUUGGAAUCUCUUUUUCUGUCUGUCCAUCUGCACUUCUGUGAAGUACGCUAUAUAUAUCAAGAUUGCCUCAACAAUUUUCUUUUUUUGACCCCAGGGAACGUCUUGUGUUGGAAAUAGAAAUACUGGGCGUCCUUCUGUCCGUCUGGCCUUGUAAGGCCUCUCACUGUACAGUUCUUGCUAGAUUUUUAUGAAAAUAAGUGCACAGCAAUUUUUUUUAAAAGAGUUUUGCCCCUUGGAAACAUUAAUGUUAUGAAAAAUUGCAUUGUUAGUGCUCUCAUGUGUUAAAAUCUUGUCAAAUUUUUAUGACAUUUAUAUCAUAGGUUUAUAUGAGUAAUGUCGUGGACCAGUUCAGAAAAUAGUGUCCAUCAACUAUUAUUAGUCCCCUACCGACGAAGUCGAAGGGGACCUUAGGUUUGCACUCCAUCCUUUUGUCUGUCUGUCUGUCUGUCCAUGCGUCAGUCUGUCAAAUCAGUUUUCCACACUUGUUUUCUUCGUGCUUAAAGAUAUUGAUUUGAUAUUUGGUGUAUUGUUUUAUCGUGACAAGUUACAAAUCAAGUUCGAAUUUUGUUCCGGUCUGACGAUUUUGUGCAGAGUUAUGGUCCUUGAACUUAGAAAAUUCACUCAAAUAAUCAGUUUUCUGCACUUUUUUUGUGUCAUGCUUGAAGAUAUUGAUUUGAUAAUUGGUAUAAGGUUUUAUCAUGACAAGUUACAGAUCAAGUUCGAAUUUUGGUCCGGUCUAAUGAUUUUGUGCAGAGUUGUGGCCCUAAGACUUAGAAAAUUCACUCAAAUAAUCAGUUUUCCUCAUUUUUUUCGUCAUGCUUGAAGAUAUUAUUUGAUAAUUGGUAUAUAGUUUUAUCAUGACAAGUUACAGAUCAAGUUCGAAUUUUGACCCGGUCUGAUGAUUUUGUGCAAAGUUAUGGUCCUUGGACUUAGAAAAUUCACUCGAAUAAUCAAUUUUCCACAAUUUUUUUUCAUCAUGCUUGAAGAUAUUGACUUGAUAUUUGUUAUAUAGUUUACACCAGGACAAGUUAUAGAUCAAGUUAGCAUUUUGUUCCAUUACAAUGAAUAUUUAACCAGUAGGGGACUAUGUUUUGCAGGGCAAUACUCACUGAAUGCUUGUUGAAAGAGUUAUGCCCCUUAGAACAUUAGUUGUAUGGAAAACUGAAUUGUUAUUACUCAUAUGUGGACAUUUCUUGCCAGAUUUUUUAUGAAAUUUAUAUUACAGGUUUAUAUCAUCAUUUUUUUUUGACGAGUUUGAAAAUCAGGGCUGAACAAUUAUGGCAAAGCCACAAGAUCUUAUAUCUACCAAAAAAGUUUUUCUCAGUCCAAGAAAAAUUGGUAACCACAAAAAUAUGAAUCCACUGAAUUAUCAAAAACUCAUACUGAAAUAAUUCCUGGUGUCAAUAUUUAUGAACAUUUAUACCCAAUCAACAUGUAUUUCUUUGUUUAUGUCAGUAUUCAUUAUUAUAUCCCAUGCAACAAAGUUGCGUAUGGUGUAGUGUUUUUAACCAAUCUGUCCAUCAAUACAUCUAUCUGUCAGUCCCGUCCUUCUUGUCACAUCUCUUCGAAACCACACAGCAGAAUUUCAUGAAACUUUGUAGAUAGUAAGGACAUUCUAUCUAGAUGUGUAUAUCAACAGGAAAUUAUGAUUCAGUUUUCUUUAAUUUGCUUCUGUGCUGCACACUAAGUUGUGUUUGCUUGUUUGUGAGAUCGACAAUGUAAUCAAUUCUAGCUUUCUUUGUGUCUAAUAAGAUGAUUGCUUACUAAAACAUGCGGAUUAUAACUUAGCAAUGCUUGUUAAACUUUCUUGACCCAGUUUUAUAUUUAUUGGAGCUUCAACAAAAUUUAUGAAUUCUCUAUAAAAUUGUCAAUCUGAGUAAGUACACACUCAAAUAAUUUAUUUGUUAAAUAGUUACUUCUCUUUUUUAGCUCACCUGACCGAAAUGGACAAAUGAGCUUUUUUCAUCACUCAGUGUCUGUCGUCCCCCAUGGUCCGUUGUUAACUUUUACAAAAACUUGGCCACAAUCAUCAUUGAGUUAUCUAGAUUAAAAAAUGUAUCCCAUUACCCUGCAUGCCAACCAACAUGGCCGCCAUGGCUAAAACUAGAACAUAGCGGUAAAAUGUAGAUUUUGGCUUAUAUCUUUGAAACCAAAGCAUUUAGAGCAAAUUUGACAGGGUUAAAAUUAUUCAUCAGGUCAAAAUCUACCUGCCUGAAAUUUUCAGACAAAUCAGACAACCCUUUGUGGGGUUGCUGCACCUGAAUUGGAAAUUUUAAGAAAAUUUUGCAGUUUUUGUUGAGCCUGCGACUUUUGUCGCAGAAAGCUUGACAUAGGGAUAGUGAUCCGGCGGUGGCGUUAGCUAACUUCUUAAAAGCUUUAUAUUUUAGAAGGUGGAAGACCUGGAUGCUUCAUACUUUGUAUAUAGAUGCCUUAUGUUACGAAGUUUCCAUCUGUCACAUGUCCAUUGUCCUUGACCUCAUUUUCAUGGUUCAGUGACUAAAGAUUUUUUGUAAUGUUAAUUUCUCUCUUAUUAUGAGUUAUAGGAUAACUAUAUUUGGUAUGUGCGUACCUUGCAAGGUCUUCAUGCCCGUCAGACAGUUUUCACUUGACCUCAACCUCGUUUCAUGGAUCAGUGAACAAGGUUAAGUUUUGGUGGUCAAGUCCAUAUCUCAGAUACUAGAAGCAAUAGGUCUAGCAUAUUUGGUGUAUGGAAGGACUGUAAGGUGUACAUGUCCAACUGGCAGGUGUUAUCUGACCUUGACCUCAUUUUCAUGGUUCAGUGGUUAUAGUUAAGUCUUUGUGUUUUGGUCUGUGUUUCUUAUACUGUAUGCAAUAGGUCUACUAUAUUUGGUGCAUGGAAUGAUUGUAAGGUGUACAUGUCUAGCUGGCAGGUGUCUUCUGAUCUUUACCUCAUUUUCAUGGUUCAGUGGUCAAAGUUAAGUUUUUGAGUUUUGGUCUUUUUUUCUAAUACUAUAUGCAAUAGGUCAUCUAUAUUUGGUGUAUGGAAAUAUUUUAUGAUGUACAUGUCAGUCUUGCAGGUUUUAUUUGACCUUGACCUCAUUUUCACAGUUCAUUGCUCAGUGUUAAGAUUUUGUGUUUUGGUCUGUUUUUCUAAUGCUAUAAGCAAUAGUUCAACUAUAUUUGUUGUAUGAAAGGAUUGCAAGCUGUACAUGUCUGCCUGGCAUGGUUCAUCUGACCUUGACCUCAUUUUCAUGGUUCAUUGGUCAAUGUUUAGUUUUCUUGUUAAGUCUGUAUCUUAGAAACUAUAAACAAUAGGUCAACUAUAUUUAGUGUAUUGAAUGAUUGUAAGGUGUACAUGUAUUUCUUGUUUGGUUUAUAUGACCUUGACCUCAUUUUCUUGGAUCAUGUUAAGUGUAUGUGAUAGUUGUAGAAAAGCUUUAUAUUUAGGACUACCAACAUAAUAUCAAUGAUUAGUAAAGAAGGCGAGACAUUUCAGCGUGUGCACUUUUGUUGGUUAUUUUAUUUAAAUUAUUAUAGAUAGAGAUAAACUGUAAACAGCAAUAAAGUACAACAAAGUAAGAUCUACAAAAUGGUCAAUUGACCCCUUAAGGAGUUAUUGCCCUUUAUAGUCAAUUUUUAACAAUUUUUAUAAAGUUUUGUAAUCUUUUACAAAAAUCUUCUCCUGAAACUACUGAGACAAAUUUAACCAAACUUGGCCACAAUUAUCAUUAGAGUAUUUGAAAAAAAAUGUGUCUGAUGACCUCGUCUACCAACCAAUAUGGCAGACAUGGCUAAAAAUAGAACAUAAGGGUAAAAUGCAAGUGUUGUCUGUAAUUUUUUGAACCAUUAUAAAUAGAGAAAAUCUGAAAUGAGCAAAAAUUUUCAGAAUAAUGAGUUUACCAAUUGUCCAUAUAUGUCAAAACUGUUAGGCAAAUUUCUUAUAGGAGUUAUUGCCCAUAAAUGAAUUUUUCAUUUUUGCCUAUUUAUAAUAUAAAAAAAAACUAUGAUAUUUAGAAGAGAAACAUUUUUUCCGUUAUGCUUUAUAUGAUUUAAAUUAUAGUAGAUAAAUAAACACUUUAAAUCACAAAAAUUACCAGCAAGGCAAGAUCUAUUAAAAAGUCAAAUGUUGCCGAUGUUGUUAGUAGACUGUCACUUUUCAUAGGAGUGAUUGCACUUAAAUGAGGAUUUUUUUUACCCUCUUUUGAGUUUUGAGCAAAAACUGAAGAAGAUAGAGAGUAACUAAGCAGACUGAAAGAUCAGUAAUACAAGAUAAACAAAAUAGAGAUUUUUGUCAUGAAGUGUCAAUGUUGGAGAGUGUCCUUUGUUUGAUAUGCACAAGGUGAGCGACACCAGCUCUUUAGAGCCUCUAGUUUUAAAUUAGUAUAUUACGGGUGAAAUAUUGUGUAAAUUUAAAAAAAACAAGCUUGAACUUUUAUCUUCUAGCUAAAGAUAUAUAAUCAAUUUGAAUGAUUUGUUGAAAUUUGUACAUAUAUUUUAUUGAUUGAAUCUAACUUAUCUUAUUUUUAAAGGCUUUUUACAUUUAUUAAUUGAUAUAUAUAGUCACCAUCAUUUUAAAACAUUCAAGACAUUACCAAUUUAAUCUUGAUCAAUUAUUAUAAAAAAAUUAUUAAAUGUUUGUAUAUAUUAAUUGCAGUAUGUGAAUUUUUCAAUAAUACUGCAUUUUACAAUUAUUUAUUUACAUGACUGGAUGUACAUCUCACCAAUCUGCAUUAUUAUUCUAUUUUAAUUUUUUUAUAUUGAAUGUUCAUUCACUUUUGUAUAUAUGUAUAUAUAUAAUAAAGUAUAUGUGUAGAA